AUGGCCAUGGCCAUGGCCAUGAGACCAUUAGAGGCUUCAUCAUUGUUGUCUAUUGUAGCAGCUAGAGCUAGUCUAAGGUCUCAUGCUUGCGCAAUGAGAUCAGAGGAAGAUGAUACACCACAGCAAAGCAUUCAAACAGAUGCUAUUUUCAUUCAAAGUAUAAGGUAUCACAGUCUAGCAUGUAUGAAAAAGACGGCAAUUAGUUUGGUUGGUGGCGUUAGCAGCAACGUUGCUGAGUUAGAGCGUCAGCGGUGGCGAGAGAAGCUUCCAGAAGUCGCUAUGCCCGAAACCCUGGUGGCUCGUCUCUCCCCUCUUUCUCUAACACAGCUGCAGUAUUUCGCGGCGGGGCUAAAGAAGAUGGACGCUACUUCUUUCGAUGCCCACCAAUUCUGCCGCUCAGCCGGUUUGAUAUGCCGUGAAGACGUGAUUUUUCGCCUUGAAAGAGGCUCAAUUUUUCUGGGUCCCCCUGAUGAGGUCGAGGAGAACGUGUUCGUCGACAAGGAGGAACUGCGGGAGUCGGGGGAAAUGAUAUUGCCGGAUCUUAGCCCUUCCAAAUAUUCCAUUUCAUUUUUUCCCACCGAGUUGGCAGAGAUGAUGCCGCCAUUCUCUUCUGCAAAUGUUUCUCAACUUGUGAAUUUGUUGAACAUCCCGAGCGAGUCGAAUAUGUCCCGCAGCAUGUUGGAGACAUUGAAGAUAUGCGAGGGAAGUGGGGUAGAGGGAGAAGUGAAGAGGUGCAGUUCGUCUGUUGAGUACAUGGUGGAAUUCGUUGUGUCUGUUUUGGGAUCGGACAUCGACCUGUUUACUGAUCCAUCUGUUCUAGGAUCCGGUCAGCGGGUCACCAUUACCAAAGCGAGUAAGAGGGAGGAUAUCGUGGGAGUUAAACCGCCCGUAGCGUGUCAUAACCUUAUGUUUCCUUACGGGGUGAGUUAUUGUCAUUCUAUCAAGGGAAGUGAGGUAUUUGAUCUCCAGUUGGAGGUUGUGCAGAAUGGCGAAAAGGUUAGGAGGAACGCUACAGCAGUAUGCCAUUAUUUGUCUGAUGGAGCGGGAGGAAAUCAGGCUGCUUGUCAUCCCGUUUACGGGGAGAUGUUACUCUGGACGCCUAAGCCUACGCAUGAUUAG